GCCCAAACCCAAAUGCGAGGCCCAAGGGCCAACCGAGUCUUAUCCCUUCUCCUCCGUCCCGUGGCACGCGCGCGCGCUCGCACGCACGCACGACCCAUCACCCAUGUCGUCAGCGCGCGCCGUCUCGCCGGCGGCCGCGGCGCCGCCUCCCCUCCCGCGCCGCCUGAGGCCCGCGAGGUGCACGGCCUGCGCCGCGGCGACGGAGACGGCCACCGCGGGGCCGGCGAGGGUGGCGACCGUCAGCAACAGCGGGGACUCCCUGGCGAUAUGCCGGGUGCUCAACGGCAUGUGGCAGACCAGCGGAGGGUGGGGCCGCAUCGACCGCGACGCCGCGGUCGAAGCCAUGCUCGCGUACGCCGACGCCGGACUCACCACCUUCGACAUGGCGGACCACUAUGGGCCAGCAGAGGAUUUGUAUGGCAUGUUCAUCAAUAGAGUCAGGCGGGAGCGCCCACCUGAGUUGCUUGAAGAAAUCAAGGGGCUUACAAAGUGGGUGCCGCCUCCCGUUAAGAUGACAAGAAGUUACGUUGAGGAUAAUAUCAAUAGAUCUAGGAAGAGGAUGGAUGUUGCUGCAUUGGACAUGUUGCAGUUCCACUGGUGGGAUUAUGCAAAUCCUGGAUAUUUGGAUGCACUAAAGCACAUCACAGACCUGAAGGAGGAAGGCAAGAUAAAGACCGUAGCUCUGACAAACUUCGAUACAGACAGACUGCAAAUAAUUCUAGAAAACGGGAUCCCAGUUGUCAGCAACCAGGUUCAACAUUCCAUCGUUGAUAUGCGCCCUCAGCAAAGAAUGGCAGAGCUUUGCCAGUUAACUGGAGUUAAACUUAUAACGUAUGGCACAGUGAUGGGUGGUCUUUUGUCUGAAAAGUUUCUUGACAUGAACGUAUCAAUACCUUUUGCUGGGCCUCCUCUAAAUACCCCAUCUUUGCAGAAGUAUAAGAGGAUGGUCGAUGCUUGGGGUGGCUGGAGCUUGUUCCAGACUUUGUUACAAACUUUAAAGAAGGUGUCAUUGAAACAUGGUGUUCCAAUCGCAACUGUUGCUGUGCGAUACAUACUGAACCAGACAUCUGUUGCAGGUUCCAUGGUAGGUGUGAGAUUGGGACUCUCCGAGCACAUCAAAGACACCAACUCCAUAUUCUCACUUGAACUGGAUGAAGAGGACAUGAACAGCAUCACUGAGGUAUCGAAGAAGGGCAGAAAUUUGAUGGAUAUUAUCGGGGAUUGUGGCGACGAGUACAGAGCUUAGUUGUUCAUGCUGCUGAUUGGCUCAUAUAAUUGCGCCCAAUUUUCAAUAGCUCUGAAUUUUUGUCUGUUUUAAGUCUAGCGGCUCAGCGCGCAGUUGAGGCAAGCCUGUACCUGAAUGUCUAUUAUCGAGCCCCAGCAUGUAACCUCCUCGGAGGAAACACCAGCUAUAAAACUGUAAAUACACAACGAUGCAGAUGGCUAAUGCGUUGAUUUGUUCAUAGCCCUGUUUAGCGAGUACUGAUUAGACCUAUACAAUAAUACAAUUAUCAUAUGUUUUA